GCUGAGCUCCAUGUCGGUCCCGGCCCCGCCCGGCCCCGCUUCCGUCGCGUCACCUCCGCCCGCUCCGCCGCUCCUGUUGCCAUGGAGGAGCCGCGGGCAGCGGGGGCCCUGAGCGGCGCCGACAGGGAGAAGCUGCGGGAGAAGCUGGCGCUGCUGAGGCGGGAGUACAGCGAGACCGUCAUCCGGCUGCGGCGGGCGCGGCGAGCCGAGCGAGCCAGGAGCCACGGCCGGCGGGAGCGGAGCCCCUCAGGUCUCCAGUGCUCUGAUCCCGACUGUUCUAAAGAUAAUGCAUCUCCUAGUGCUGACAGAGGUGGACUCCCUCAGUUACAGACUAAAACCUGCUCUGAUGUUGACAUGGAGGAGGCAACAUCUGUCGCAUUUAAACACAUUGCAGAAUUCUCCACUGAUGAUGUUAGCCUGCAGGACAGCUCACGGGCAGAAAGUGUUCAGGCAAACCAGGAAAACCUGUGCUGUGGCACUGUUAGGCCUUUCCUUGAGGAGAAAACAUCCCAAACCUCCAGAGGCAUGAUGAAGCUGAGGAGACGGACAAAGGCUCUGGAAUCGAAGGAAAGGAAGUCAGUGCGUGAUGGGCAUGUAAUCAGCACUGAUGAAACAGUGAAAAAUCAAACUGCCAGUGCAGAGGAGCUUCAGUCACCAGUGUUCAGGCACAGCACCCUCUCGCACACUGAGGAACAUCCUGAAAGGGCAUCCAGACCAGCUCUUGCAAAGGGAGAAGGAAACAGUUUCGCUCCUUGUGAAUUUGAUGCCGCAUCCGGAGUUGUACAGGAGGCGUUUGAGGACAGUGUUGCUGCAGGAGAGCCUGAGCUGUCCCCACAUGUGGUCAGGGACAGCAGUGACAUCGGGCAGCUCAAGUGCCCAUGGGCUAUGACCAUACCUGGCAGCCGUGAGCCAUGUUCACAGGACAGAGACUCUGGUUUACUUGACACCAGAGGUGAUGGAGGAGAAGAAUCCCCCAGUGUAAUAAAACAACUGGAUGGUAAGGUUUUGCAUGAAGAUCAGGGAGAAUUAUGUGGGCUCCUGGAUUUAAUGUCAGAAAAUGAAGUAUUGCCUGAGGACAGAAAUAACUCUGUAACCAAGGAGAGCAAAAGCCAUGAGGGAAAUGAAAGUGGUGCUGAUACCUUAAAUCCCUGUCCUGCAGGUCAUGCUCUGGGCAGUGCUCAAGAACUGUCGGAGAAUCGACAGCUUUUUCCUCCCAAAGAGGUGACGGCUCCCGAGGGCGCGCUGAGCUCGUGCACAGUGGUGGAGGGGCUGCUCUUCCCGGUCGAGUACUAUGUCAGGACAACUCGCCGCAUGUCCAGCUGCCAGAGGAAGGUGGACCUGGAUGCUGUGAUCCUCAGCCAGCUGGGCAGGAGCAAGAAAGGUCAGCGGAGUAAGUGCAUGCAGAAAGAUGCAAACUCAGAUCAGCCCUCCCAAGAGAGAGCUGAGGGUGAUUUAGAGUCAGGGGUCGUGCCGUUCCCUUUUCUUGGGGCAGAAAAGGAUCCAGCAAACUCAAGUAGUUCUGAGAAAUCUCUUCCUGUGUCCAGCAGCAGCAGCAGCAGCACUUCACUUGGAUCCAUUUCUCAGAAAAGCAUCAUUAGCACAAGGCAAGAGCAGAGUCGAUCCCAGAGGAACCGGAAGGGAAGAAGAAGGUUUGCCUGCAAAGCCCCUGUGCAUCCAGUGUCACAGGAGCUUAUAGAGAGUGUGGAUCUCAUAACGGCCAGGGAAGCAAGUGCUCUGCUGCCAAGUGAGAGCCAGAGUGAAAAGGAAAACUGUGAUGCUAACCUUGGAAAGUCAUCCUCAGAUGAGAGCAAGUUGUCUGAUGCUGCAGCAUUGGAGUCUGGAGAGACAGGAGUGACUGAAGCUGCACAGCCAGUGGGUUCUGAUCCUCCUCAGGGAGGGAGCCAAGUGCCGGGCAAAUGCCGUAAAACUGCCUUAGAGCAGGUUCAAAAUCCGCUUCAGAGCAGCGAUGCUGUGAGCCCAGGGAACGAAACUUUUGCCAGGCGCAUGGGAGAUCUGGAAGCCAACUCGCCUGUGUGUCAGGCUGACAAACAUCCAGUGGCGAGUGUGAGGCGCCGGCGAGGAGCCGGAGGGGUGGAGCAGCUCCCUGGGAUCAGCGUCCCCCUGCGCCGCUCCCUGCGCUGCUCGGAGAGACACAGAGCCCUGCAGGGCUCAGCAGGUGGCAGCAGCAGAGAACGCAGCUGUCCCACGGGCUCAGAGGGUCCUGCUGCUCUCAACCUCCCUGCUGCAGACCCCAACACUCGCUGCUCCCUCUUCUCCUUCCGCAGCCCCCAGUGGCUGCUCCCCAGACUGGGCGUCAGGGACUUCCACUUACCAAACGAGGAAUUUGGAGUACUGAAGCUGGAGAAAUUGAAAUCUUGCCCUGUGAAUGACUUGGAGGAUUUUGUUCCAGGUGUGUCUGGGGAUGGGGUGGCUCCACAGGACACACCAAGUGCGCAAAUGAAUCCAGAAGAAAAAAGUGUCAGAAGUAAUUUGGUUUCACCUUCCAAAUCCGGAUUGCCCAAGCUCCUUCACGUGGAAAGCCCAGCUUCCAAGAAGGAGCUUUCCACCCAUGAGUUGCUGUUUACUCCCAUGGGGACUAUCUUAGCUGGGGCUCCCACCCAGCCUGAGUCUCAGAUUUCCUCCUCUGUUUUCCCUGCCGUGGGUGCAACCCCAGGUGUUUUACCUUCAGUGCACAGUGAGGUCUUCCCAUGCCCACCUUCUGUGCCCACCUCACAAGGGACCCUGCCUUCCUGCAGAGGAGCUGCCCAGGUCCUGGGGGAUGGGACACACGAGGACCCUGCCACCCCACUGCUCCUGGACAGCUGUGGUGCAGAGGCUGCCACAAAUGGGGAGGAACGAGGUACAGUGUUGCCUUUAGCAGAUGAAAGAGGUACUGAGAAUAAAUCUGAUCAGGCUGUGGCCUUGGAUGAGCAUCAACAGUCAGAGAGCGAAGAGCAGGGAUCCUGCAGAGCUUCUCCUGAACAGAAAAACGAUGGAGCAGAACAGUUGACUCCAGUGCUGCCAGAUGGCCCCGAAGAAGAGAACUUGCAGCUUGUGUCAGAGCUAAAGGAUUCCUCAGGUUCCUGUGCUGUGGAUGUGAGCACAGUGUGGUGGGAAGCAGCUGGCUGCAGGGAGCUGCGUGUGAUCACUGCUUCCGAGAGCUCUGUGUCCCUGUGGGAACCUCUGGCACCCAACCACUGGGGGAAGGUCUGCACCUGGCAGCUGGGAGAGAUUCCUGUAAUCCAGAUCGUUCCUCUGCCGGACACCUGUAACCUCGUGUGUGUAGCGCUGGGAGAGCUGGAGAUUGGAGAAAUAAGGUUUUGUAUUUAUUUAUUGCUACCACUUUGCCCCCUGACUGGUUGCAGCUUAGCUCUCCUCACUACUACCUUUGUAGUGUCUGAAAUUAUCUUUUUAUUAAUGUGUUACUCUCUCAGUUGCUUUAGCAAUUGGAAAAGGUGCAAGGGAUUUCUAAAAAUCAACUAUAAAGACUUGUUCAUUCACCCCAGAGCUGGCAGACUGA